GACCCAUACCGAAAGAAAUUAGUAAAACAUUGAGAAAUUUGCCCUUUCCUUUCCUCACAGAUCAAUUUAGGGUUCUUAAAAGUUCCCAGUUUUCUUUUUUUCUCUUUCCAUUUUUGUUGAGUUUCAGCUCUUUCUUCUCCUCCUCAACUUUGAUGUCUCCCUUUAAUUUAUCCACAUAUCUUUAAAAUUUACCAUUUCCUGAGAUAUCUUAGUCUUCAAUUAAAAUUUCUUCACUAUAUCCUAUAGCUCAUCUCUUCUUCAUUUUCUCUGCCGACACUUAAUCUUUCUCUCUCUUCGGUGAGAUCCUUCUCUCUCUCUCUAAAUCUCUCUCUUUUAUGACUCGGGUUAUGUUAACUGGUCACUGGCUGGUUUAAGGUUCCAAUCUUUACCGAUCUUGUGCCAGGAAUAAAAAGAAAAAAAAAGUCAAAAGAAGAAAAAUGGUGAGAGGAAAGAUAGAGAUGAAGAAAAUAGAAAACGCAACGAGCAGACAAGUGACUUUCUCAAAAAGAAGAAAUGGUUUGUUGAAGAAAGCUUAUGAGCUCUCAGUACUCUGUGAUGCUCAAGUUUCUCUCAUUGUUUUCUCUCAGAGAGGAAGGCUUUACGAAUUUUCCAACUCUGACAUGUGGAAGACGAUCGAACGUUACCGCAAGUACACAAAAGAUCAUGAAACCAGCAACCAUGACUCAGAAAUUUACGUCCAGCGAUUAAAGGAAGAAGCAAGCCACAUGAUCACAAAGAUUGAACUCCUUGAAUUUCACAAGCGAAAGCUACUGGGUCAAGAACUUGCUUCGUGUUCUCUAGAAGAGCUUCAAGAAAUUGAUAGUCAACUCCAAAGAAGUUUGGCCAAGGUCCGAGCAAGAAAGGCGCAAUUGUUCAGGGAGCAGUUGGAGAAGCUAAAAGCAAAGGAGAAACAAUUGUUAGAAGAGAACGUCCGGUUACAUCAAAAGACUGUUUUAGAACCAUGGAGAGGGUCGACUGAUCAACAAGAGAAAUUCAGAGUCAUAGAUCUUAAUUUGGAAGUAGCAACUGAUUUAGUCAUCGGUUUGCCAGAGAAGCACUGCAAAUAACAUUACCUUAUAUGUUCUUUAACCAAAACAAUAUAAUAUUUUAUGUUUGUAUGUUCAUCAUCAAGUCUGUAAAAUUCUUCAAUAAAUUGCGAGUUAAUGAUUUGUAAUAUUAUCUUAUGAUUUUAA